CAGGCUGAAGAACAUGAGUUGUCAUUAGAACUUCGCUGUGGUUUGCAACGCCUCCUGUCAGCUCGUUAUGAGGUUAUGCAACCAGGGUUCUUAUUAAAAACAAGCUCAUUCAGGCCUCACAUGUCAGUUCAGGUACCCGGGAGUCUCGCGUCCUCUCUGCACUCUGGACCGACUGCCACCGCCAUGAAAACUUACUACUUUCUUCUGGUGAUAUUUUUUCUCUUCUCCCAGAUGGAACCAGGUGCUGGUGUUCUCACAAGUCUUGGACACAGAACGGAUCAAUACCGAUGCCUCAAAAAUGGAGGAUUCUGUCUCCGCUCCAGCUGCCCUUUGAAUACCAGGCUACAGGGAACCUGUAAGCCAGAUAAGCCCAACUGUUGUUAUGAGCUGACAACCUGAAGAAUGAACUGAAAAGACAAGUCAGGGAUUGUAAAAUUAGUAUUUUAAUAAAUAAAAUGUAAGCCUACUUGCA